AACGCACCGUAUGCUAUAUCAGAGUCUGAAAAUGAAGUGAAGCCUCAAAAUCUCAGAGCUGCAAAACCCUAGGUUUAUCGAAGAAGGUGAGAAUGGCGCUGAGAGCGAAGGAGAUGAUGAGGAGCGUGAUGAAGAAAGUGGGAGACAAAAACCUAAACCCGCGAUUGAAGCAGGAGCUCAAGAAGAACCGAUUACCCGACCCGAAAAUCGUAAUGGGUCGAGCCCAACGUGGUAUCUUCGCCGGCCGCCACAUCCAAUUCGGCAAUAACGUCAGCGAAGACGGCGGCAACAAGACGAGGAGGCAUUGGAAGCCAAAUGUGCAGGAGAAGCGGCUCUUCAGUUACAUCCUAGACCGCCAGAUUCGAGUCAAAGUCACCACCCACGCAUUGCGUUGCAUAGACAAGGCAGGAGGGAUUGAUGAGUAUUUUCUGAAAACUCCUUACCACAAGAUGGACACUGAAAUGGGGCUUGUCUGGAAAGCCAAAAUUGAAAAGCUUUAUGAAGAGGUUGGGCAGACAGGGGGAUAUGCUUUCCUACAACCUAAAGAUGAAUCCAAGGUUGAACAGGAGUUUAAAGAACUGAAACUAGAUGAGAGGGAGGUCAAGAGACAGAUGUAUGGUUGGUCGAAGAAAUUAAAACAGAUUGAAGAACGGAAAGAAAACCAGAUCAGUGAUAAAGAAGCUCAUGAGGAAGGUGCAGGAAUAAGUGAAGGAAGCUGUCAUGUUGAGGUUCAUGAGCAGAUGGUUGCAAACUCCUGAGUUGAAAUCUUGUACCAGCUUUUGGGAUGUUCUCAUUUUUGUCAGCCAGACCCAUUUCCGGAAUUUUAACUCAGGAAUUUCAGGGUAAUUCAAUUCUAGCCAUAGCCAGCUGAUAAAGCAGAAAUUUUUGAUCUAUUCUGAUUGUGAAAAUUCAGUUCCUUGGGGUUUUAUAUACAAUUUUGUAUCAAAUAAUUAUUAUACUAUGCUUUCGAAUUUUGAUGAGCCCGCAAUAGACAUUUAGCUGCCACUUAGUCGAUGAAACAGAAAUAACAUGUAUUCGCUUGCCCAC